AUGGUAGCAAUUGGAACGAAACCGAUUCAUCCGAUAGAUAGUGAUGGUGUUAUCAAAACUAUAGGGCAUAAAAAAUCAGUAGUUGAUCCUAAAUCAAUGCUUAAGCACCGAAUUAAAGACAAGUUUUGGCUUGGUGCUAUGGUGCUUAGUAUUAUUGCAGUGAUUGCUGGGAUAGCAUUCUUUUUAGUGACUACUAACAACAUAGACAAAGUAGAUAGGAUGACUGCCGAUUUGACUUGGCAGAAGAUGCUAUUUUCCAUGGUGUUGCCGGUAAUUGCCGCCAUUGUUAUGACAGAAGUACUCUUGGGGAUCUUACGAGUCAUUCCGUUAAUAGCUUUGCAUGUUUCAUACUGGGUAGUCAUGCUGACUUCAGGUGGUCUAAUGUUCUAUGCUGCUAUUUCUCAAAAAGAGAUACUUGCGAUCAUUGGGGCAGUAAUAUGGAUGGUUGUGGCCGUGGUCAUAUAUUUCUUUUUGUUUGACUAUAUCAAUCGUAUAGCAGAUAGGGUUUCAAAGGCGGCAUCAUUUUUGCUAUCAAACCAGCUAUCCCUCAUUACUUAUUUGUUAUGUGGCGCGGCAGUAGUUGGCUUAGUAGUGAUUUUGAUCAGUAUCGUUGCUGCAGUUAAUAAUGAAUCAAUUGGCCAUAGUGCCUUUCCAACACUCAAGAAGUCUCCUUAUCCUGUCUUUAGUUGGGUCAUUCUUUUCAUAAACUUGGUCAUGAUUCACUUUGUGUUCUUUGCCGCCGACGUUUACUUCUCAACUGUAGUAGCGACUGAUAUAAGCAACAAGGCCACAGGCGCCAGUCGGUGGGGAAUUGGACCGGCACUCCAGCGAGUUCUGCAAACCUCUGGAACUAUAUUUAUUGGGUCUAUAAUCCAAUCAAUCAUUACAACAGCCCGUAUAUUCGUAAAUCUUCUUAAGCACAAGAAACUUAGCGACAACCCGUCUAUGGUUGAGUGUGUAGUGAAGAUCUUAUACUAUAUUUUGAGCGCUUUCCUUUACAUCAUUGAUGUUGUGGUUGGUAUUAUUCACCAGUUUGUUUUUGUUUCGGCGGCGGUUGAAGGAACUAGCUAUACUGAGUCCAUCAAGAACUCAACUAAGAUAGACAAUGUUGAGCCUGGGUGUCUAGUAGCAUUCUUAUCCUCUUCUAUUAUGGCCUCAGUUACUAUGCUGAUCGCUCUUCCUAUCUUAGCUAUUCCAGGCGGAACUACCUUAUUGGCAUCAAAUCCUUGUGGCUGGAUUGUCUUUGCGGCAGUGUGCACUUUCGGCGCAGCAUCAGUGGCAGCGACCUUCUUAGCACAAUCUUACCUACACGCUAGAGCUAAGAGCCACUAA